UCAAUUUCUUAGGUUGGCCAAAUGCAAUUUCUCUAUUGAUUACUGUUUUUAUUGGUUGGAACAGCAAAACACUACAGCCAAUAAACUUCUAGUUGUGGUUCGAAAAGAUGGCUACGUUGCCGUCUCCUACACAGGUAGCUGGUCAGCAUAGUGCCAUAUAUGAGGCCUACUAUAAUGUGGUUGAUCCAAAGGGUAUUGGGAGUAUUGGAGGAAUGGAGGCCGCCAGAUUCUUGAAGAGGUCAGGUCUAAGUGAUGUCAUCUUAUCAAGGAUAUGGGAUCUUUCGGAUCCGGGUGGAAGAGGAUGCCUGGACAAAGCAGGGAUGUUUGUAGCAUUAAAACUUGUAGCGUUGGUUCAAAAUGGAAAAGAUCUUAGUGUGAACAGCACUCAUUUAGAUGUUCCUCCUCCAAAAAUGGGUGAUAUUCCUUUGCCUAAACCACAAAAACCUCCACCACCAUCUGUAACUCCAUUAAUCACUUCACUUCCACCUACCGCAGUUGAUUGGAGUGUUAAAGCAACUGAGAAGGAGAAAUAUGAAAAGUUAUUUGAUUCAUUACAACCCAUAAAUGGUCUUCUUGCAGGAAAUAAGGUGAAAAAUGUAUUGCUCGAGUCAAAACUACCAUUUGAAACCUUAGGAAAAAUUUGGGACUUGGCAGAUCAAGACAAAGAUGGAAUGCUUGACCGCUAUGAAUUCAUUGCUGCCAUGCAUCUAGUUUACAAAGCACUUGACAAAUUUGCAAUACCCAACUCUUUACCUAUCGAGCUGAUGCCACCAGCUAAAAGAAAAAACUCAGCAUCACCAGCACCUCCAAUUCUCAAUCGAGGAAUGGAUGGAGUUAAAACAGAUAUACCGUCUUCCCUCAUUUCGCAAUCUCUGAUUUCUAAUGCUCCAGCCAAACCUCCCGCUCCAGCAGCGAUACAACCGUCUGUUGUACCAUGGGUUGUUAGUAAUGACGAAAAAGCAAAAUCCGACGCUUUGUUCGUUAAAAGUGAUGUUGACAAAGAUGGAUUUGUAUCUGGACAAGAAAUUAAAGAUGUAUUUUUGCAAUCUGGCGUACCCCAGCCUAAGUUAGCUCAUAUAUGGGCGUUAUGUGAUAUCAAACAAAGUGGGAAGUUGAACAAUGAACAAUUUGCUUUAGCGAUGUGGUUUGUAGCCAGAUGCCUCAAAGGCAUUGAUCCACCAACCACUCUGACACCCGAAAUGGUUCCACCAAGUUUCAGAUCACUAAAAGCUGAUGGACUUGUGGAAAACAAUAAUACUAAAUAUUCGAAUCCAGAAUUAGAAAUGAUAAGUAAGGACAUAGAGCAAUUAAGUAAAGAACGCCUGAGCUUAGAAACAGACAUUACUCAGAAGGAAGCAGAUAUUCGAAUCAAGAAGAGCGAAAUCACAAGUUUACAGAGUGAACUCGACACAUUAGCGGCAACUCUGAAACAACUGGAAAAUCAGAAAGGUGAAGCACAGAAAAGGCUAAAUGACCUCAAGGCACAGAGUUCAGAGAAUGACAUUCAGUUAGUGGAGCUUACACAACAAAUUGAGGAGAAGGAAAUUAGUGUAGAUAAACUGAGGACACAAGCUUCUGAGCAAGCGGCUACGGUGUCAGCACAAGAAUCUGAAUUGAAUAGCAAAAAACAACAGCUUGAAGGAUUGAAGCAAGAAGAGGAGCGUUUGGAAAAGGAACUGGCUGAAAGUACUAAUACCUUAGAUAACUUAACUACUUCUAUGCAAGAUUCUCAAUUGAAUAUCAGUCAGGCGAAAGCUCUUCAAACUCAACUCGAGGAGCAAACAAGACAAUUAUCCGACGCCAUUAAGUCUUGUGAGACGGCAAUAAAUUCUAAUGAUGCUACCCUGGUUCCCGAUACUACACUCAGAAUUAAUCCUGAUUUCAGGAAUUCCAGAGAAGCUAAUCUUCGACUGAUGAACGAUACAAAUGGAGAACAUAUGAAAGUUAAUUUUCUUUCACCGGAUAGAGUAACUAAGUCCUUUCAACAAAUCAAAUCAAGAGACUACACUCUUCACUCUACCAAUCCAUUCUAUCCAAUAAAUUAUUCUUUAUGUCUGGAUGAUGUAUGCACACAAAUUUGGCAGAGUUUUAAUUUCAGUGAUGAUCCAUUUUCGAAUAAAAGUAGGAAAACUUCCGGAUUUGAAAAAGACCCAUUUCAAAGUGAUCCAUUCAAGAAUUCUAAUGCUUUCGGCUCAUCAGAUGCCUUCAGUGCUACAUUUGGGUCUUCAGUGCAGGAUGGUUUCCCAUCUGAUCCAUUCGGUGAGACUAAUAAGGCAGAUCCUUUCGACGCCUUUGGAGACUCGAGGAAAAAUUCAGAUGCUACUUCACAUAACCAAGAGGCAGACAAAGAUCCAUUUGGUUGUGAUCCUUUUGCUAUACUUCACGCACCUACAAGAGACGGAUCAGUGCCACCAAGGCCUACUAGCCCAAGCCCAGCUCUACCACCUAAAAAAAGUAAACAACCACCUCCAAGACCCGCACCCCCUAGGCCCCAGCCCCCCAAAAAAUCAUCACCAAAUGAUCCAUUUGGGGGGGACUCCUUUGGAUCAGGUAGUGGAAGCUUUGCUGACUUCUCAGACUUCGAAUCUAAGUUUUCCAAUAAGACAUCGCCAUCCAGCAAGACCAGUCAGGUAGCCGCAGGAAAACCAUCCAAAGAAUUAGAAUUUGUAGAUGACCCCUUCAGAGACUACCGGUAUGAAGAUCCAUUCAAUAUAUCAUUUGAAGAUGACGAAUCACCCGAUAAUUCUACAAAAUUGAAAAUUGUUGAUGCUUUCAAUACCCCAAAAAAUGAUAAUGGAAACGAUGUUGAUGCUUUCAAUACUCCUCAAAAAAAUAGUGUUAGUGAUUGGGAUAAUGAGGAUAUUAAUAAAAAUAAGUCAGACUUUGAAAUGGAUAAAUUUGACCCCUUUGGAUUGGAUGGUCGACAAUCUGCACCUCUUCCUUCAAAUGAUUUGUUUAUAAAUAACAAUGGCAGGGCUUCUGUACCUAUACAUUCAAAGGUGCUAACCGAGGAUCAACAGUUAGCUUGGGCAGCAUCAGAAAGCCUCAGAUUGGAAAAAGAAAGACAACAGAGGCUCUUACAAGAGGAAGCUGAUUUGAAAUUGGCCAUAAGUUUGAGUCAGACAGAUGUUCAAAAAUAAUUGUUUUGAAUCACCUUUUGCAUUCUUUCUUCUCAAUAUUUCCUGUUGAAUAUAAGUGAGGUGAAUAAAAAUAUCUUGUUUUCAAUGCUUAUGCAGAGUUUUGCUCAGUAUAAUUGAAUUUUCUUUGAACCAUGUUGUCAGAUAAUAUACAUGAGGCACUGAGAGAUUCAGAAAAAUUAUAAGCAUUUAUUCAGAACUGGAGGAAAAUAAUAAAUCCAGCAGCAUUGAAAUAAUCGAGCAUCUUUGUUGUCCUCAAUGUAUGCAUUGGUGUUCAAACACAUAUCAUACAAUUUUGAAGUAAUAUUCAUUUUGCAAGGUACCUGGCAAAUAUUGAGUUAACGAAUAUGUAGAUCUUUAUGCUUGUAACAGUUAAUUUAAGUAUUUGAUAUAUUUAUAAAUGUUACACAAUUCAAAAUUUAACUUAUCUAACCACUCCUGGUCUUUUCGUAUAGUGGUGUACAGACAUUGAAUGAAUUCAAAACUUCUCCGAGAUAUUAUAUUUCUGUAUUUUUUUGACCAAGGUUUAGUUUGAAUUUUAGUGAUUUAUUCAAUAAUUAAUUAUUUAUUAUUAAUUGUUAUGUAUAGCACAAAAACUUGGCUGUAGGAUUUUUGUAUCAUAUGUUGAGUUAUGUUCAGUGCUAGCAUUAUUGUUAUCAAUGAAAACCCAUACUAUGGAAUGACUAAAAUCAAUGUUUUGUAUUCUAUUUUAUGAGAUUGUUAUCAUUGAGCACCGUUUAUCAGUAUUUAUGAUAUAUCCCUAUAUAAAUAUGUUGAAAAAUGUGAACAUAUUCAGUCAUGUAUAUAAUUUCAUUAUUUAAGAAUAUGUAGAAUUAUAAAUUA